CAUCCGGGACCUUCGGCGCGAAAUAAACCUUUUGGCGCGCAAUUUUUGGCGAUCACACCAGGGUCUUCGUCAUAUUUUUCAUUUCUUGCGAUACUGUUUUGUUUUUCAGCCACCAACGAUGUCGUUUAACCUGAACGAAGGAACCAUACAGGAAAUUGCGAAUGGUGGGUCUCCAAAGUCACCAGUCCUGCAAGUGCUGGGCAUCAAGAAGAUCCAAAGUGCCGGAGCACAAGGGUCAGAGAGAUACCGACUGCUGCUGUCAGAUGGAAAGCACACUCAGUCCUCUGCCAUGCUGGCUACCCAGCAGAACCACCUGGUGAACUCAGGACAGCUGGAGCAGCACUGUGUGAUCCGGCUGGAGAAGUACAUCUGUAACACCAUCCAGGACAACAGGCGUGUCCUGAUCAUGCUGGAAGUCCAGGUUCUCGGCAACCCCAAGAUCAAGAUCAAGAAUCCCACACCUGUCAACCAAGCAGGUGGCGGUGCACCAGCUCCUGCCCAGAAUGCAUCCUUCGGCUCCUCUUAUGGCCGUCGACCUCUGACCUCUGUCCCACAGCCCUCCUUCUACCGAGGUGGAUCCUCCCAUGCUGUUAAUGGUGGGAUGAACCGCCCUGGUAACCAGGGUGGUGCAGGACGUCCCAACCAGGGUGGAUCGGGGGCCUCCUUCUACCCUCGCAGCAACGUUGCCGCUUCUCCUGGUACCCCUGGCAGGGGCAAGCCCACACCCAUCGCUGGCCUGAACCCUUACCAGAACAGAUGGACCAUCCGAGCCCGUGUGACGAACAAGGGUAGCAUCCGUACCUGGAGCAACGCUCGUGGGGAGGGGAAGCUCUUCUCCAUGGACCUACUGGAUGAGUCGGGUGAGAUUCGAGCCACAGCCUUCAAUGACCAAUGUGACAAGUUCUAUGACCUCAUUGAAAUAGGCAAGGUGUACUUCAUCAGCAAGGGGGGUCUGAAGACAGCCAACAAGCAGUACACGUCCAUCCAGAACGACUACGAGAUGUCCUUCAACAACGACACAACCGUAGUUCUGUGCGAGGACGAGUCUGACCUCCCCUCCAUCACGUACAACUUCGUCCCCAUAGAGAAGCUGGAGGAGAUGAAUCCUAACACUAUCAUCGACUUGAUUGGUGUGUGCAAGAGCUACGGAGAUGUGACGACGAUCACAACACGUCAGACCAACAGGGAGGUGAACAAGCGAGACUUACAGAUCGUGGACAUGUCGGGAAAACAGGUCAACCUCACCCUGUGGGGAGGCGAGGCAGAUAAGUUUGAUGGGUCGUCGUGCCCAGUUGUUGCCAUCAAGGGCGCUCGUCUGUCUGACUUCGGCGGACGUUCCCUCAGCACAGUGGGCUCCAGCACUGUCAUGAUCAACCCGGACAUCCCCGAGGCCUUCCAGCUACGAGGAUGGUAUGACAAGGUGGGCUGUAACUCAGAGGCACAGUCCAUUUCCACUGGAGCAGGGGGAGGGGCAGGUCGACCCACCAACUGGAAGAGCUUCAAACAGGUGAUCGAUGAGAACCUGGGCACGGGAGAGAAGCCAGACUACUUCAGCACCAAGGGAACCAUUGUCUUCAUGAAGAAGGAGAGCGCCAUGUACCAGGCUUGCCCAACACAGGAUUGCAACAAGAAGGUGGUGGACCUACAGAAUGGGUUCUUCAGCUGUGAGAAGUGCAGCAAAGAGUUCCCCAACUUCAAAUACAGGUUGAUCCUUCAGGCUAAUGUUGCAGACUACAGUGGCAACCAGUGGACAACCUGCUUCAGUGAACAGGCAGAGACCAUCCUGGAGCAGAACACAGAAUACCUGGGGAAUAUGAAGGAUCAGGAUGACACAGGCUUCGAUCAGGUCUUCACCGAGGCUAACUUCAAGUCCUACAUCUUCACCAUGAGGGUCAAGAUGGACACAUACAAUGAUGAGUCUCGUAUCCGCUGCAGCUGUGUCGGUGCCCAGCCGGUGGACUUCAAGGAGUACAGCAAGAAACUCAUCAACGAGAUCAGGCAGAUGGCACUGAUGUAGAGUCUGGUGUAACGGCAUCUAUCAGUGGAAAUCUAGGGGGGGGGGUGUCAUGGCAUCAUG